AUGUCGAGCGGAUCAACCGAUAAAUUGACGCCUGAAGCGCUGCACAAGCUCAUCCAGGCCUCUUUCAAAGGCAGAGAUAGAGCUUAUGCCCCGUACUCGAAGUUCAACGUCGGCGCUGGGCUGCUGCUAGCGGACGGAUCGAUGGUAAUCGGGUGCAAUGUCGAGAAUGCCGCCACGCCAGCUGGAAUCUGUGCAGAGCGGACAGCCAUGGUGAAGACCAUCUCCGAUGGCAACAAGUCAGUCAUUGCCGUAGCAGUCACCUCGCACAUGCCUACCCCGACGAUAUCGCCGUGCGGUAUCUGUCGGCAAUUUAUGCGAGAGUUCCUCCCCCUCUCCACGCCCAUCUUGAUGGUCGCGGCUUCCUACCCCUUGUCAGACGAUAGCGUGCCAAGCUACGUCGCAGACUUGGGCCAGCACAUCGACAGCCGGACUGCCGAGGGAGAGGGACUAGGCGGGUCGACGAAGGAAGUGGCGGGCUUCACCUGGAGCAAGGAGGUCACAGUCCUGUCGCUGGAGGAGCUGUUGCCGAUGAGUUUCGGCCCAGAGCAGCUGGCAGAGGGCACUGAUAAGGCUUAG